AUGAAACUUCGCUGCUCCUCCCACGGUCCCUGCCAGGCUGCGGUCGCUGCAGUGGAGGCUCCAGGAGCCAAGCUGCCGCCUGGGCUUCGCCUUGCACCCCUACCGCGCCAGGCUACCGAGGAAGCGCUGGGAGAAAUUCGGGCUGCGUCUGCAAGCAGCGGCCUUCGCGUGCUGGAGCUCGGUGUCGGCUUCGGGUCACUUCGUGCGCUGCUGAAAUUGCGACGCCACCAUGUAACUCGGGCCCGCAAAGUUUGGAAAUCCUGGACGCAGCAAAGAUUUGGAGCCGAAGUUCGCUUGCUUGCAGAGUUUCCAGCGUGUCACAAGCUGAUUACGAUGGCGUCCAGCCUCAUGGGCGUGCUUUGA